AAAAAAAAGGAACUCUUCUCCUUCUCCUCCUACUCCAAUUCUAUACUGACUGCAGUGUUAGAGUUGUUGAAGGAGGAUGACGAUAAAGGGUUUGCGACGCCUGCUGUCUUCCUACUCCUUCGGGCGGCACCACCACCAUCACCAUCACGACCGUCCGUCCUCAGCGUCAUCGCCCGCAUCAUAUCCUCAUACGACGCCGCCGCCGCCGCUGCAGCAGCAACAGCUGAUCGCGGGCGGGGUGAUGAAGGACGACGUGGCGGCGAUCGAGGCCAUCCUGGCUAAGUGGGAGCCGGACGACGCCGCGUACGCCAAGAGCUCCUCCCUCUUCCACGGGGACCGCGCAGAGGCCUGCGAGUACCUCGCCGCCGUCCGUGACCUCCAGCGCGCCAUGCUGUCCUUUGUCUCCAGCGAUGCCUCCUCGGAGUCGUCGUCCCACGCCGCCCUCAUCCGCGCCCAGACCCUAAUGCAGACCGCCAUGCGCCGCCUCGAGAAGGAGUUCUAUCAGAUACUCGCAGCCAACCGCCACCGCCUUGAUCCCGAGUCCGUCUCCGCCCGCUCCUCCACCCACUCUAGCGCCUCCGACGACGCCGAGUACGACGAUGUACGGGGAGCCAGGAACUCCAUGGGCGAUGUCGAGGGCGCCGCGGCCAUCGCCAUGGAUGACCUUCACGCCAUCGCCGAGACCAUGAUCUCUGUCGGGUACGGCAAGGAGUGCGUCAAGGUCUACAAGGUCCUUCGCAAGUCCAUCGUCGACGAGGGGCUCUACCGCCUCGGGUUCGAGCGGCUCAGCCCGUCCCAAGUCCACAAGCUCGAUUGGCAGGUGCUCGAGCCAAAGAUCCGAUCUUGGCUCGGCGCCUCGCGCGUGGCCGUCAGCACUCUGUUUUCUGGCGAGCGGGUCCUCUCGGACCAUGUCUUCGCCAGCUCCGACUCCAUACGGGAGGCCGUCUUCGCCGACAUCUCAGGCGACGCCGCCGUGCAGUUCCUCCGGUUCCCGGAGUCGGUGGCGAAAUGCAAGCGCUCCACGGAGAAGAUGUUUCGGAUCUUGGAUCUCUGCGAAGCCGUCUCGGAACUGUUGCCGGAGAUCGAACCUGUGUUCUCCUUCGUGUCUACAGCCGCCGUCCGGGACCAGGCCCUCUCUGCAUACUCCAAGCUCGCCGAGACCGCUCGCGCCAUCCUCGCCGACUUCGAAGCGGCCAUCCACAAGGAGCACUCCAAGUCGCUGCCUCCCGGUGGAGGGAUCCACCCGCUCACCCGUCACGCGAUGGACUACGUCAUUACCCUCGCCGACUACGAGCCCACCCUCGCUGAGAUCUUCGCGGAUUUCCCCCUUCAUACCCAGAGCUCCCUCUCCGACUUCUUCGAUAGCUCGUACUCGGAGUCGCGGCCGUCCUCGCCGGCGUUCUCCUCCUCCAUCUCCUCCAUCGACGACGGCCACGGGUCGGAAAUCGCCGUGCGGUUCGCGUGGCUCAUAUUGGUGCUGCUCUGCAAGCUCGACGGCAAGGCGGCCGCGUACCGAGAUGCUGGCCUAUCGUACCUCUUCCUGGCGAACAACCUGCAGUACAUAGUGAACAAGGUGCGGUCUUCCCGGCUGUGGGGGAUGCUGGGCGAGGAGUGGACGGCUCGGCAUGCGGCGAAGGCGAGGCAACACGCUGCCGGGUACGAGAGGGUGGCGUGGGGGAAGGUGCUGGCGUUGGUGACGGCGGAGGAGGUGUCGCCGGGCGAGGCGCGGGAUCGGAUGCGUGCGUUCAACGCGGCGCUGGAGGAGGCAUGCACCGCCCAGGCCGGGUGGGUGGUGGCUGACGCUGAGAUGAGGGAGGAGGUGAGAGCGGCGGUGCGGGGGAUGCUGCUUCCAGCGUACCGAGGGUUCUACGAGCAGUGGAGAGUCGUGCUCGAGGGCAGCGGCGCGGUGAGGUUUUCGCCGGAGGAAGUACGAGACAGGCUGGCGGAGCUGUUCGACGGCUCCGACGAUUCCGGCUCCGGUUCGUGCUCGAGUUAUCGCCUCGGUUCGGAUUCUGGCUCUGUCCGGUCCGAGCCAUCACCCAGGCCCAUAUAAGUCGACAAACACUACUGCCUGCACGGACCUGAAAGCAGCUCCUUCGUAACUUGCCAUUGAUGUCGUCAUCGAACAAUUUACAUUAAGUACCGUUCUUUUCGUA